GGCUGGGGGCGGGGGCGGGUUGGUUAGGUGUUGGGCUCGCGCAAGCGCCUGGUGCCAGCGUUGACCUCUGAGGUGGCGGCCAUGGGGCACUCGAGUUGGCGGUUGGUGGUCGCGGCCGGCGCGGGUCUCGCGCUGGCCCUAGAGGCGCUACCGUGGCUGAUGCGUUGGUUGCUGGCCGGGCGGCGGCCUCGGCGUGAGGUGCUCUUCUUCCCGUCUCAGGUGACCUGUACCGAGGCCCUCCUGCAGACCCCAGGCUUGCCCCCCGGGCCCUCCUCGGGCUGCCCGUGCAGCCUCCCUCACAGUGAGAGUUCGCUGAGCCGGCUGCUGCGCGCGCUGCUGGCCGCCCGCUCCAGUCUGGAGCUCUGCCUCUUCGCCUUCUCCAGCCCGCAGCUGGGGCGCGCCGUGCAGCUGCUGCACCAGCGUGGGGUGCGUGUGCGGGUCAUCACCGACUGCGACUAUAUGGCCCUCAACGGUUCGCAGAUCGGCCUACUGCGCAAGGCAGGUAUACAGGUACGUCAUGACCAGGACCUCGGCUACAUGCACCAUAAGUUUGCCAUUGUUGACAAGAAGGUGCUCAUCACUGGCUCCCUCAAUUGGACCACACAGGCCAUCCAGAACAACCGUGAGAACGUUCUGAUUAUGGAGGACACAGAGUAUGUGCGGCUGUUCCUGGAGGAGUUUGAGCGCAUCUGGGAAGAAUUUGACCCCACCAAGUACAGCUUUUUCCCCCAAAAGCAUCGAGGGCACUGACCCUGCUCUGUUCUGCUCAGUCUUCCAACUUGUACUUGUGAUUUGAACCAGACUUUCCUGGCUGGCAGGGAGCAGCCUGGGUGCACUGGACUGAUGUCUUCCUGUCAUUGCAUUGGCACAACAGAAGUCAGGAAGGAAGUGACAGUGUGGCCAGUGCAAUAGGCUGUUCUAUGGCAGUAGUUGCCUAGAUAGGCAGGCCAUCCUCUUUAAGUGGCUUCUGGGCAUCACUAGACAUGUCUGAUAGUCCUGACCCUCUGCAAUUGGUGUGUCUCCUUGCAUUGCUAAUCACUGGUGAGGACUACUUAAUUGUCCAUAGCCCUCACAUUAGAGCAGUACUGUGGAUUUAGAAGUGGCCUCACCUCGAGCACCUAUGUGCACUUGUAGCUUUUGCUCAGUCAUGGACCAGGAGCUGAUGACAAAGGGAGCACUGGAGGUAAGAGCUGCCCAGGCUAUCUCAGCUCUGUGGUGGCCAUUCCCAGGGGGUCAGAGGACAGUCUCAUCUGCAUUUGUGACAUGUUCCAAACUAUUAUGUUUUUAUAUGCAAAUAGCUUAACUGACAAAAGAGCUACAGUUUUGUCAUUGGUCAUGCUUGUGUACAUGACAAGCUCCAUGUGGUCCCUUAAAGUCAGUCUGAGUGGAUGAAGUGUCCUUUAGUUCAUAGAACUGGUCAAUAUAGGUGUUUUCUUCCUUUUUUAUGGAGGGAGGGGUGGUAAAAUGAGGUCUUACCAUGUAGCCCUGGCUGGUCUUCAACUCAAAGAUCUGCCUGAUUCUGCCUCAGAUACUGGGAUUAAAGACAUGUGCCACUGUGCCCAGCUCUGUUCACCUCUUUCAGUUUUACCUUUUACUUAUGUUAGACAACUUGAUGUUGAUUUUCAAAAAGAUUUAACAGAAACUGUAAAGUAUAAUAUUCAGAAGUAGUUAUGUUGAAUAAGUUCUUCCCUUCUGGAGCUUGUAAAUCCUUAAGUGUGUGCUCAGGUGGGGGAAGAUCACAAAAUGUCCUUUGAGUGACAAUGCCAUUGGGGCUCUUGAACUUCUGGCAUAUUUCAAUAAAUAUUAUUUUGGAAUAUGAA